AUGAGUCAUUUCCAGCUCCGAGUCGUUCAAAUUGUACUGCGUCACCAGACGAGCGCCGACAUCCAGCAUCUCGGUCCUCUACUCUCCAGCUUCCUUGGGCCGUCUCCAUUCUUGUCACUUCCCAACGCUUGCGAAUUCGGAUCCACUGCGCUGCUCGAGUGGAUCUGGGAGUCCAGUUGUAUCUCCGUUGAGAACCGCUCUGCCGGAUGGUCUGUCCACAAUUAUCUUCGAUCCGACCCGCACUACAUCCGAUCGGCCUUCAUGAUGUCGACGAUUGUUGUGGCAAAAUGUGGAGACCUUAAGCUGAUGGACUGGCUGUUAGCUCCUUUCUCAGGGUGUGAAGUACCUGUUGAGGCUGUGGAAGCGUCAGCUAGUCUGGGAGACUGGAGCAUCUUGAAGUAUCUGCGAGAUCAUGAUGCUGGCAAUCGACCACCUGGCCAAGAAGAAGAACUAUCGACGCGAGCUGGCAACGUUGUCCGUUGGAAUACGCCAAAAGUUUUGGCACAUGCAAUUGAACAAGGAUUCCCCAACGACGCCCUCUGGCUACUAGACUUUGAACCGCUUCGACAACAUCAACGCGCGGUGCGAAAUUCAAUCCCAAAGCUUCUACAGCUGGAUAUGGUGGAGUUUGCAGAAUCGCUGCUACCCGAUGGCAAAUACUUUUUGAGCUCUCAAGAGUAUGCUCUUCUGUGCACAGAUAUUCCUCGCACGGUGGAGAGAAUGUUGGAUACCGGAUAUCUCAAUCAACACGAGAAAGUUGGGGCGGCAGCAAUACUCGAUUUGGUUGACACGGAGCGCUUGGAUUUAAUGCAACGAGUCGCAAGUACCAAAUACUCUCCUCUUCAGCACUCAAAACGCUGGAAAGAUGUUUGGAAAGACGCAGUCAUGCGAGCGUGCUCACGCAGCAACGUUGAGAUUGUGAGGUGGUUGAUUAGCCAUCCCAUCGGCCAAGAAGCAUGUAAAAGUUUGAAAGAAGAGAAUAAUCUCUCGUGUUUGUUGCAAAACGCUGCUGAACGAGGGGAUAUCGCGAUGAUGCGGUGUCUCGAAGGACUCGGUGCCUUCGACAAGUACCGCGACGCCUUGCUGCUUGCUGUAAGUAAGGACGACCGUGUCUCCGCCAAGUGGCUGCUGGGACACCUCCCGCAAUCCGAGCACAUUCCCGACUAUUGCGUGUUGCACGAAGCAGCGGUAAAUGGUCACUUGGGGAUGAUUCAGUUUCUACACGGAUGCACAGUCUUCGGCCUUGAGAGCGCAUUAAACCAUAGCGAGCUGCGAGUUGCUAGUUGGCUGAACUCGCAUUACCCCCUAUUGACGCCGACGCGAGUAUGUGUUGCUGACGAUGUAUUUGAGGUGAUCCUCUUCCUGAAGUUUUAUUUUCCAAGCAUGGUCACUCGCAGCUUCAUUCGAUACCAGUUCCAAGGAGAACCGAAUGAGGAUUACUGCGAGGAAUGGUUUGAAGAAACCCAGUCAAGGACACCAAAUCUCAUGGGAAUUGUGGGAAAUGACGCCGAAUAG